GGCAAAGUUGAAAGACAAACUACUUAUAUUAAUUCAAAUGUCCUCCAGCUUCUCUGUGGCUACUUAUGCUUUACGCAGUACCUGCUGUACCUGCACAUGUGCUGGCCUGUACGCUCUCCUGCACCUCUCUCUCUUUCUCUCUGUCUCUGGGGUUUGUUAGCAAAGAUUACACGCAGGCGCGCAGCACUAGUUUCUCAGAAGGUAUUGUUAUUUUACAGGUAGAAGGUGUUCACCUUGCAGCAGGAGGAGAGGAGGAACCUCUCCCCCUUCUGAGCCAUGGAGUCUCUCCUGAACCCUGAACCCCACCUCACUUCACUGUUUAGCCCCGGGGCAAGUGUUGCUGGGAGAUACACUGUUCAGAGGAAGCUGGGAAGCGGCAGCUUUGCCUCUGUUUACUUGGUAUUGGACAGCAAGUCCAAGAUUAACGAGGACAAGAAAGUUCUGAAGAGAAUCCUUGUGGGGGAGCUGAAAGGAGACGAGACGGUGUCCUUUGCUAAAGAAGCCCAGCUUCUGUCCAGUCUGGAGCACCCAGCCAUCGUUCACUUCUACUGCAGCUUUGUGGAGCUCGAUUCCUUCUGUAUCGCCACGGAGUACUGCGAGGGUGGGGACCUAGACAAUAGAAUCAGGGACCGCUGGGGUACUGGCAGACUGUUUUCAGAGAGACAGGUGAUGGAAUGGCUGAUUCAGAUUCUACUGGGAGUGCAGUACCUGCAUGAAAGACUGAUAUUACACAGAGAUCUAAAGACCAAGAACAUCUUUUUAAAGAAUGGGAUGAUCAAGAUUGGCGAUUUUGGCGUGUCUCGAAUCCUGUCUGGGUCCCUUGACUAUGCCACCACCUUCACAGGGACUCCCCACUACAUGAGUCCAGAGAUCUUUACCUGUAGCAGCUACGGCACCAAGUCAGAUAUCUGGUCCCUGGGGUGUGUCCUCUAUGAGAUGGGAGCUCUUACUCAGGCCUUUGAUAACCAGAGCUGGGUGAAGCUGGUCCACCAAAUCGUUCAGGGAUCCUCCCCUACGUUACCUGACUGCUUCUCUUCUGAACUGAACGCUAUUUUACAGAGGAUGCUCAACAAAGACCCGACCAAGAGACCUAGUGCCACGGAGACUCUGAAAACCCAGUUCAUUGAAGAGAAUGUGAAGAGCCUGGCAUUCCAGCUGGAAGAUCUUCUUGACAGAGAUCUCGGGGAGUCUUGUGUUUCAGAGGAAUCGGCCCAGAUUGCUGCAGCCCUGGAACAGAAGGUUCAUCUGGACAGUCUACGAGCUGCUGCCCAGGCACAGGGGCUAGACCCCCGUGAGAGGAGGAGACUGCGACAGGACCAGCACGCAGAGAGGAGCAAAGUGCAAAAAGCCGUGGACCAGCUUUACCAGCAGAACCAGAAAAAAGUUUUAAAAUCAAGACAUAGCAGAAAAGCACAGGCCAGCGAUGAAGGUGGAGAGCUGGGGUCACUAGAUGAGGUGGACCAGGGAAGCCUGCAAAAAAACAGUGAGGACUGGGAUUCGGAGGGAGACUCCGAUUUUGACGAGUUGGAAGAGACUGUGAUUGGUUCGAUGUUGGCGCUCUCAGUGGAACAGAGCUGCACCCUCCAUGCCUAUCAGAACUGUCUGCUGGGCAUUCUACAGACCAGCACCACAGAUGAGGACCAAUGUGAUACCCUCACAGAAGCAUCCCAAGAUGUAAACAUGAACAAGUCAAUUGAAUCCAAAAUAAAGCACCUGCAACAGAUGUGUGUGGAGCAGCUUGGGGAUGAUGUGUUCCAGCAGGUCUACUCAUAUUUAAACAGCACCCCCCAGCAGCAAGGAGACCCCUCAGACUGCAAAAACGACCAGAUCCCUGAGCAGCUGCAGACCUGGGUUCAAGACCCCCAGCACUGCCUCAUGGUCCAGCAGCUUCUGUUUCUGAAAGAGCAACUGAGAGAACCCUCUGUGCUCAAACAAGCUGGGAUAGGAACCCUUGGCACAGACUGGUAAAGUGCUUACAGUACAACUCACCAAUAUUAAUAUUGUAUCGGUUUCUCUGAAUAUCAGUUCAAUUGUUAAUGCAUACAGUACAUGGUUCAAUUACUAAGAAAAGGUGGAAUUUUAAAUGAAUAUCUGUGCAAUUAUAAAUGUUUUAAGUGGGAUAACCAACAUAGUGGCAAAUCUGUGAAAAUAAUCCAUUGUUUUCAAGUGUUGUCAGGCACAAGAUAAUGGAUUAUUUGAAUUCCCCUCACAUCCAUUUUUCUCCUUAAUUGUGGACAUUAGCUGUUAGGAUCAGUUGUUUGAAAUUGUCUGUUCGUAAGAUUUAUUUUCUAUGUAAAUGUUUCGAAUUGGCUUUACGGUUGCUUGGAGAAUCAUUUUUUUUUGUGUGUAUUUGGCUUCCGUACAGAAAUAUAAUGUGACUCCACUUGCUCUCUGGUUCAGUAUCUCUGGUUCAACAGUGCAGAAAGAUCCAAUAUACACAUUUACACAUUUAUAUAUGCUUUUUUUCUGGAACAACAAAGGAGAUACAAUGGUCCAGCAAAAGGAUUAUAUAGUCUGUGAGGUAGUGAGUUAAAUGUGUAAAUAUUGUGAUUAGUAAAAUGGAACAAGGCCUUGGUGUCAACUGCUGUUCCAGAUGUUUCUGGACUUAUUGGGAUUGUCAAGCGGUGGAUUACUCCUAUUGUUACUGGUUUAUGAUUCUGUGCUUUCUUAAAGAGGAAGUAACCUUUCUGAGUGGAAGUAACAUCAACACUUUCCCAGGCCUUACAGAAAAAACAAAAAACAAGCAAAAAAUAAACAAACCAACAACAAAUACUCAGAACUACUAAGAAUAAACUGUUAAAAUGUCAUUUGAAGCUCUUAUACACUAUUAAAUGAAUCCCUAUGAAACCUAUACUGUAGAGUAGCUAGUAUGACUAUUGUUUCUAUAUAUGUACUGUUAAAAUACAUAAGAACCGUACUAAUUUUAAUCCAUUUAAUAAAGUUUACAUAACUUGAACUAAUUAAAAACAUAAUGAUCAAACUGUUCUUUACUACCUUGGCCACCAAGCCACCAUCACACACUUCACAAAAGGGAUUUAGAUAUAAGCCCCAUACAGUACAAAUGGUCUUUUCUGUUCUAGUUGGCGCAUACAAUGACAGAAUGUUGAUGUCUUCUGUGCCAUAUACUAUCCAAUCAGCAGGUAAUACUUUGAAUGUGAUGCUAUAGCUGAAAGUUGUUUCCUAAAAACUUUUAAAUAUCUAAUCACUGUCAUGUUUUUCGCAUACUGUUAGCCUCAGUGAAUGUUUUUCUGGCAAUGCCGUUCUUUCAGUGUAAAUAUGGUACACUGCAUUUUAUUUGCAAUUAUUUUUUUUCUCUGUGCAAAGAACAUAAUAUUCAUUGUCAUUUGGAGGCACGACACUUGAAAUCCAGUGACAGGCAUGAUUUAGUGUUGAAGCGCACUGCUUUAAUUAGGCACUACUGUCCUUGAGACUAUGAAUGCGACUGGGUGAAAUAACUUCACAACUUUUAGUGAAUUUUUUUUUUUAAAAACACAGACAUGAACGUCCAAAAACAAAAAAAAAAUUUACCAGGCAUGGCUCUGAAUUUUUGCUAAGAAUGUGCACUGAAAUUGAAAAUAUUAUUUUUUAAAUGCAGAGAAUUCAUUUGCAAUAUGUUUGCAUUGCUCUAGCCUGAUCACCAGCAAUGAGAACACUGGCAGCAUUAUAUGUCACUAUGUCGUUAUGGACAAGACUCCAGAUUUGAUUGAAGGUAAUUGGCACUUGGUUGGCAGGUGCUUCCUUAUCCAAGACGACACAAAUGACUGAUAUUUCACAAGGAGCAAGUCAUAGCUCUACAGGACGUUGUUGUAGAUUUCUACACCCAACUAUCUGAAGGUGUUAGAGGUGAUAAUCAUUAAAGAAUGCUCACAUGAUCAUUGUGGCUGUUGAUGGCAGCCCUACAGCCAUCACAUCCCACUCACUACUGUACACUACCCAACACUGUGUGUGUGUGAAAGGGAUGAAUGGGGUAUCAAGAGGUCCAUCGUGGAUACAACUUGAGAGAAACAAACAAAAUGGCAAUAAAUACCAAAUAUUUAAUGAGGUUUUGUUUUUAAAAACAUAAAAUUUACAUUAGAAUUUAUAUCCAUACACAAAUACAACACUGCCAACAGUUUUUUAAACAUGGUUUACCAAAAUGCCAAGUAGUUAACAUGUUACAAUAAUAAUAAUAAUAAUAAUAAUAGAAUUUGCAUGCAAGGCUCAUAUCCUCAGCAUAUAAUACUGAAAAGAAUGGACAACACAUAUCAAAUCACAGGUAACUUGGCAUGCAAUAAAGUAGUUUUAUCUGUACCAUACAGCAGUAAACUUUUUAAACCCCUUCACAUACUUUAGCUGGCAUACAGAUGUAUUUCUGAAAUGUGUUUAAAUUUAAUUCUGGAGUUUUAGUCUGACAAUACAGUGUAUAAGAAGGAUGUGCUGACAUUUCAUUCUUGGAGGCAUUAAAGAAGUUUGGCUCCCAGUUCUUGGUGAACAGUGCCCCAUAUAUCACAAAACCACUACACAGUUCAGUACCUUUUGGCAAAGUUGGAUAUCUUGUUUAGUGUAUAACAUUGUUUUGUUAAAUAAAAAAUGUAACCCAGAAUAAAGAUGAGUUGAACUGCAUGUAACUUCGUUUAACUAAAGUCUAAUUAAAUGUGUUCAUUGGAAAUAUAACCACCUCUAUACAGCACAAAGGAGAGAGUGACCCCCUUAAAAACAUAGAUAAGGUUUACCAGAAGAAUUGGAGGAAUUAGGAAGAGGGGCAGUGAUGGAAGAACGCUAAUCAAUCACAGUCUUUUUUACUCAGAACCAAUGUAUUUGUAUUUACAGAGGUAACCUGGGGCAGGUGAAGAGUUUUAAUGAGCAGCUGCUCUUCAGACGAGUGCCAUGGUCCACGUGCUAGACAGGACCAUGCUUUAAGAUCUCAACCAAAAGAUGCCCCCUUUCCUCUACUAAAUACAAACACACUGGGGCACUGGUUGAGCUUUAGAUUAGAGGAAAACUGCCUGUUAAUGAGCCACCAAAACCACAAUAUUCACUGCAGGCUUGGUCUUCCUCCAGUGCCCAUCCAAGUACAAACCAUGCACUACCUUGAAGUGGUAUAAUGAAUCACCUUUAGGCGAACACGUAACUGGAAUUGCUGUGACUAUUACAUUUUGUUUAGAACAGAACCCGAACACCUACACAAAAACAAACACAUGGAGGGACCAUUUUUGUGUGUAGUGCCUCCAAAGCUGAUUUCACAUUUGUAAAGAAUCACGCCUGAAGGGAACUGUAAUUUCAACUGUACUCACCGCAGCGGUCAAGUGGUGGGUCUGCUCAUGACUGGCUGGAGUGGGCACAGGGAAUGUGAGGUGCUGCGUGAUUCAGAGCCCACUGCUGCAUUAGCACCUCGGAGAGUUCAGCUGGAAAGCCACACACAAGCACCCCACUUUAAAAGCAUUGACGUCCGCAAGCAGGAACUUCUAAAGCAAUUACUGCCACCUCCGCACUGCAGAGGUAAAAAAGCUGCACAUAAGCACAGAAAUUUAAUUUUGCUUUUUACUAAAACCUGGUAUUCAACAGCAAAGUGCUUAUGUACCACACUGCUGAAGGGCUUCUUGUACGUUUUAAAAGAAAAAAAUAUGUGCAAUGUCCUUGACAUUCUAGCAAAUUGCAUUCUGUGCCAACAUCACAUUGAAUUACUUUGCUGUUGAAUCUGUUUACUCAACAUGUUAUUUGAUGUGCUAUAGAG